GGAGUACCAGGUGAACCCAGAACCCCGGCUCGUGUUGGAGCUGGAAUAACUGAGUCUGGUGUGGGCUUUGGCCUGUGGUAGAGAAGCCCAGGUCGCCUGUCCUCCCAAGAGACCCCUUAGCAGCCUGGCCUUGGAAUGGCUGGAUCAGGUUCAUGCACUGAUUCAUCCAGCUAAGUUCUGUGGAAAUCCAGGGCAGAGAUGACCUCCAUCUUGCGAAGUCCCCAGGCUCUCCAGCUCACGCUAGCCCUGAUCAAGCCUGAUGCAGUUGCCCACCCACUGAUCCUGGAGGCUGUUCAUCAGCAGAUUCUGAGCAACAAGUUCCUCAUUGUACGAACGAGGGAACUGCAGUGGAAGCUGGAGGACUGCCGGAGGUUUUACCAGGAGCAUGAAGGGCGUUUUUUCUAUCAGCGGCUGGUGGAGUUCAUGACAAGUGGGCCAAUCCGAGCCUAUAUCCUUGCCCACAAAGAUGCCAUCCAACUUUGGAGGACACUGAUGGGACCCACCAGAGUAUUUCGAGCACGCCAUAUAGCCCCAGAUUCAAUUCGUGGAAGUUUGGGCCUCACUGACACCCGAAAUACUACCCAUGGCUCAGACUCCGUGGUUUCCGCCAGCAGAGAGAUUGCAGCCUUCUUCCCUGACUUCAGUGAACAGCGCUGGUAUGAGGAGGAGGAACCCCAGCUGCGCUGCGGUCCCGUGCACUACAGUCCAGAGGAAGGCAUCCACUGUGCAGCUGAAACAGGAGGACACAAACAACCUAGCAAAGCUUAGUAAACCCAGCCUAGUAAAGUCCCGAGGACUGGUCGUAGUAUUCAGCCCUUCCUCCUAGGGUCAGGGAAGGUGGUCUGAAGGCACUGUCCCUGUUGUCCCCACCAUGAGCUGGCAGGUCUAGCCGACCACAGCUCAGCUGCUGCAAUCCAGUUCUAUCUACCUCUUCUGUGGAGUAUCCAUGGGUGUUCAGGAAGGAUGGUGACGCCUCUUUUUACAAAGGACUGUCUUCCUUCCUCGAGAAAAAACCUGCCUGUUGACUAGUCAGGAAAAUGCAGUGCCUGUGUAACCAGCAUCCGACCUGGCUUCCUUAAUAAACUCUGUG